AUGCGCCAGCUCUUUCCCUUGCUUAUGGCUCUGGUCGUCCCUCUGUCGGCAGCCGCUGGUCAACCGUCCACGUUAAGUAACCGUACGCACAAUGCUGCUCUCAGCCUGAUUGAUGUUCCCUUUCCGUCGAAGGUGAACGCGUCGAUCGCUCCAGAAUCCACGGCGACAGACGACGCGUCACUGGAUGGGAGCGAUAGCGAUAACCAAAAUAAAGAGGCGAGAGGCGUUAUGAACUGUCUGCCUCUUUUCUCGGAUACGUUGAAUGCAGUGCGAACGAAGUAUUUGCUUUGGCGAGAGAAACGCCCACUAGAAGUUCUCGGCCACUUUGGUAUACGAGAGAAAUUGAAUAGGCCCAUCAAUUAUGAGAGGCGUAUGCGGUGGAUUGACUACGCUCACGCGUUCUUUACUCAGUACGGCAGCUUUGGCGACGAUAGUGGACGCAGACACGUCCGGAAGCUUGUUAAAGAACAGAGAAUGUACUAUCAUGAGCUUCGAAAAGAUUCUCGGAUGAAGGAAUAUGCCGACAGCAUGCAACACACGCUAGCAGUGAAAUUUGGCGAUGGUUUUCUAGACAUGCGCCAGGUAUGGCUGAAAGAUCAAGUGAAUCCUGGCGAAGUAUACCGCAUGAUGUCCGUAGCAGCUGAUCAAAAACUCACAGGCAGCCUUACAGAGUGGGAGAUGUAA